UCGUAUUAAUGGAAUCUCGAUGAUCGCCAGAGUUUAGUUCUUCGUCUUACCUCAGCGCUGCGUCCUUAAUCUCUCUUUCGCAAGCAAAGCAAGAGCUUCUUGGAUCUUCCAUAGCACGAGUUUCAUCUCUAAAGAAGAUUGUUGGGGGGAGAUGGACACAAAAGCUAUGGCGAAAUCGAAGAGAGCUCACACUCAACACCACAGCAAGAAACCACAUAAGCCCAAAGCUCCUGAGAAGCUGCAAGGAAACCAAACCAAAACUCCGGUUCAAUCUCGGCUCUCGUCGAAUUGGGAUCGGUACGAUGACGAACUCAAUCCCGGUUCGGAAACUGCGCCUGGUGAUUUGUUGAAUCAACCUGCGGAUGAUGCAAUCGUGCCGAAAAGCAAAGGAGCAGAUUAUCUGCAUCUGAUAUCUGAAGCUCAAGCUGAGUCUCACUCAAAGAUUGACAUCAACUCAGAUUCUCUAGAUGAUCUUUUGCACGAUGAGUUUAGUCGCGUGGUUGGAUCGAUGAUCUCGGCCAGAGGGGAAGGUAUAGUUUCAUGGAUGGAAGAUGAUAACUUUGUUGUUGGGGAAGAAGAAGACGGAUCAGCUUCACAUCAUGAGCCUGGAUUCCUCUCUUUGGAUUUAAAUGCACUGGAGAAAAUGCUAGAGAAAGUGGAUGUCCAUGAGAGACUUUACAUUGACGCUGAGCUGUGUACAAUCCAAUCAAAAUUGAGCGGAGGUAAAGAACCUUGUCGUUCACACACAUCCCAAGACGUGGAAGCUGUGACAACAAGGCUUAGUGAGCUAGUUGCUCAACAAGAAUCAAGUGGAAACAUCGACUCUGCUGUUGAAUCACCGGCUGAGUCUCUGGAUCAAGUCAAGCACAUUCCAAUACUCACAGAGAAGUCUUCAGCAAUUGAAGCUGAUCUUGAUUUGCUUCUCAACUCCUUUAGUGGAGAGUCUAACCCAGUGGCCAGUGCCUUCAGUCAGAAGCCUCCUUCAGCUUUUGAAACUGAGCUGGACUCUCUUCUCAACUCUCAUGCUGGUGCAGAAGAACCAUUCAACAGACCAGAGAACCCAUCUAAUCAAAAGCUUAAUACGACGGAUUUUGGUGACGUGCUUGAUGAUUUGCUCGAGAGUACUUCAUUACCAAUCAAACCACAGGGGAUCCAGACCUCUUCGUCUUCGGCAGUUGGAAAAUCCAAAGUUUUAGAUGAGUUUGAUUCUUGGUUGGAUACGAUUUGAGUUUUUUUUGUUAGCUUAAUACUUUUUUUUGUAUUACCUAUGUAAACGAGAACAUUCUAUUAGAAAAAAAAACUAUUCGGAGCGACA